AGGACUUGGUCGAGCCGCAGCAAUGAGCGAGAGUGACGUGGUGAGCAACCGCAUGUCGGAGAAGAUGCUUCUCGGCUGGGCCCUUCUCGCCGAGACGUGCCCCGUCGACGAGUGCUACACGCCCUUGAUGAGCACGAAGAAGCAAGCACACAAGGUCUACUGCGUCAAGUGCGAGCGCUGGUUCAGCACCGAGCUUGCGGCCAAGAACGAGUCGCCCAAGGCGCCAGAGCCCAAGGUCGAGGCUGCCAAGGUCGAGGCGCCGUGGCAGGAGUCCGAAGCCGAAGCGGCGGCCUACCGCGAAAAGAAGAAGAAGCGCGAUGCGGCCAGCGCCAAGAUGGGCGAAAAGAUGUUGCAGGGAUGGACGCUCCUCGGUUUGCAUUGCCCCGUGCCCGAGUGCUUGAUGCCAUUGAUGCGCAGCCGCGAAGGCCAGAUGUACUGCGUCAACUGCGAGCAGUAUGUGAUGACCGAAGAAGAGAUGGCGGCGCACACCAAGACUACGACCGAGCAGUCGGCGGUCUCGGAGGCUUCGUCGGCGGUGUCAAGCCCGGUUGCAGCGCCAAAGCACGCGCCACCCCGCCGCCAACGUCGCCGCUGGCCAAGCGGCGCGCGCUCUCGGUGCCCAACGAGUUUGACUUUGCAGCGAUGAACCGCAUGGCGAUCGACGUCCUGUACGAGAGAAUGGACACGGCCCUCGGUCAGCUCGAAGCGGCGACCAAGCCCAAGGACGCGGCCGAGAUCGCCAAGCUGGUGCGGGAGCUGGCCAAGGCCAUCAAGGCCCUCCAGUCGCUCGGCGACGACGCGUAGACGUUCAUGGUGUCCCUGCGGAGCGAUAGAUACCAGCAUCAAUAGAGCAACACUUAAAGUUUCCAUACAUGCCGACGCGA